GUCAGGCUGAUGAGCAGCUUUCAAGUGGAAAUAAUUGGUGCCAUUUCAGCCAUUGUUGCAAAACCUAGAGAAUGAAAAAAGCCCUAAUCCUUCUCCAACCUUUCCUCCCCAUUUCUCAAGUAUUAAGAUCCUUCGUCUUCAUUAAUGGCGUUUCUCGCCAUUUUCUCUCUUCUCCAUUCUCCAAUCCUUCAAUCCAUGUACAACACCCUCAAUCAAACCCUGAACGGUGUGUUUCCUCCAUUACUUCAUUACUUCCUCCACCUGAAUGGAUUGAACCUUUCACUGACAUUUCUGAUGUCAUUACACAUCCAAACCCGAAUAAUCUUCAACCUUCCAUUUGGGUUUCUCGGAUUCUCCAACUUCUAGAUGGUUCACCUUCAAUGGAGGUCAAUUUAACUGAUUAUUGCAGCAAUUUUUUGAUUAGACUAUCACCAAAUUUUGUUGCUUAUAUGUUGAAUUCAACCAAUAUUAAAACAAACCCAGAUAUUGCUUAUCGAUUCUUUAAUUGGGCCGGUAAGCAAAAGAAAUAUAAUCAUAAAGUUGAAUGUUAUGUUUCUUUGAUUCAUAUUUUGAGUGUUUGCAAUGAUGUUGAUAAAAUUAGGGUUGUGUUUGAAAAAUUUAAAUUGGGUUGUUUGCAAGUUGUUAUGACUGUGAAUUCAUGUAAUUCUUUGAUUAAGAGUUUUGGAAAUUUAGGAAUGGUUGAGGAAUUAUUGUGGGUUUGGAGAUUAAUGAAGGAUAAUGGCAUUGAACCUAGUUUAUAUACUUAUAAUUUUCUCAUGAAUGGGCUUGUGAAUUGUAUAUUUAUUGAGUCAGCUGAGCAGGUUUUUGAGGUAAUGCAAAAUGGGAAAACUCGGCCUGAUGUCGUUACAUAUAAUAUUUUGAUUAAAGGGUAUUGUAAAGUUGGGAAGAUAGGCAAGGCAAUGGAGAAAUUGAAAGAGAUGGAGGUGAGAAAUGUAGAGCCUGAUAAGAUUACUUAUAUUACUUUGAUCCAAAUUUGUUAUGCCGAGAAUGAUUCCGAAGCUUGUUUGUCUCUUUACCAUGAGAUGGUCGAGAAGGGAUUGGAAAUCCCACCUCACGCGUAUACCUUGGUGAUUUGUGGGCUUUGUAAGGAUGGCAAGUAUGUAGAAGGAAAUGUGGUUUUUGAGGACAUGAACCGGAGGGGAUGCAAGGCCAACAUUGCAAUAUACACUGCAUUGAUUGAUCGGUAUGUUAAGAGUGGCAAUGUAGAUGAUGCAAUCAAUUUUUUGGAGAAAAUGAAGAAAGAGGGUUUAAAUCCUGAUGAGGUUACUUAUGGUGCUAUUAUCAAUGGGCUAUGCAAGAAUGGUCGAUUGGAAGAAGCCAUGGAAUACUUUAUGUUAUGCAAAGAUAAUGGGAUUAGUGUUAAUGCUACAAUAUAUUGUGCUGUUAUUGAUGGCCUAGGCAAGGGUGGGAAAGUUAAAGAGGCAGAAAGGCUUUUUGAAGAAAUGGCCGAGAAGGGUUGUACACGUGAUUCUUAUUGCUAUAAUGUGAUGAUUGAUUCGCUUGCUAAAUGCGGCAAAAUUGAUGAAGCUUUAGUGCUUUUCAAUCAGAUGGAUUCUGAGGGUUGUGAGCAAACAGUUUAUACAUACACCAUACUUAUGGAUGCAUUGUUUAAAAUCCAUAAAAACGAAGAGGCUUUGAAGUUGUGGAAUACAAUGAUUGAUAAGGGCGUUGCUCCUACAGCAGCGUCUUUUAGAGUUCUUGCAAUCGGACUUUGCCUUUCAGGUAAAGUUGGGAGGGCUUGCAAGAUCUUGGAUGACCUAGCGCCAAUGGGUGUAAUACCUGAGAAUGCUUUUGAAGAUAUGAUUAAUGCAUUGUGUAAAGCAGGACGCAUUGAGCAUGCUUGCAAAUUAGCUGACGGGGUUGUGGAUAGAGGCCGAGAGAUACCUGGCAGAGUUCGUACUAUUCUGAUCAAUUCCCUGAGAAAAGCAGGAAAAGCAGACUUAGCUAUGAAAUUGUUGCAUAGUAAAAUUGGUAUUGGCUAUGAUAGAAUGGGAAGCAUUAAGCGGCGUGUAAAGUUCAAGACUCUCCUUGGCAUUUAAAUCUCGAAGGAAAUCCUUUCAUAGUGACUUAAGUGCAGAUGUGAAACUCUUGUUAUACACCCCUUUUGUUGGUCUACACUAUGCACUGAUGAUGGGUGGGUUGGAGCUUAGUUUGAGACUUUGAGUUGAUGAUUAUCAUCAUCAUCAUCAUCAUUAUUAUUCCAAAUAAUGAAGGGUCAAUAUUUGAUGAUAAUUGUCACGUUUUUUGUGUAUAGUAAAUUAUUCGGCAUGUACCUUGAUGAAAUACUACAGUUAUUCCUUUGUUGCACACUUGCACUUGUACUUGCAUCAAGUCUCGAGGGUAGGCCAGAGACUACGGCCUUGUUUGAUAAGACUCCAUGAAUUAGUUGGUCGUUCUUUCCUGUUUCAGUUCGCUUCCAAUCUUUUGAUAAUGUUUCGUUAUAUCUAAUACAUAGCUUGAUCUUUAUUCUAUGUCAGGUAUCCUUGGGAAGCCAGCAUUCUUGACUGUCUCAGAGAAACUUAAUGCGGAAACAUAUGCUACUGCGUGUUCUGAUGUUUUGCAGAACAAUUAAUUAAGAACUUAAUCUUCUGAUUAGUGAUUAAUCAAGAGUUAAGUACUGGUGAAAGCCUAUCUUUGCAAUUUCGUCAAGCUAUGCAGUAAGAUCAUCUUCUGUUAUUCUUGUCAAAUGCAACAAGGGGUUAGCAGAGCCCGGAAUGUUUUUCCGAGGACCCACUCCGUCGCCUAAGUCGGUAUGAGUUUAAGACAAAUUGCCUAAUAGGUCCUUCCAGGAGCACUGUGGCUGCAAGGUGGAUUACUACUUAGGACUUGUUUAGACAUGAGGUCUUUAUUAUUAAUAUCUGACAAAUGUUCUUUUGAAGAUUAGUUAGAACAAAUGUAAUAACUCUUUUAGAAUUAUGAUUGUGCUAUUAAUGUAAUUCUGAAAAUCAAUGUGGUCCUUGAAAUUCAGUUAUAAUAACUCCUCAGCAAUAAAUUACUUAGAGUUCUUUGUA